GCCGUCGCGGCCGGAAGUGGUCGUAGAGCGCCGCGGGCCCGCCAUGAAGCCGGCGGUGGACGAGAUGUUCCCCGAGGGCGCCGGGCCCUACGUGGACCUGGACGAAGCAGGCGGCAGCACCGGGCUCUUGAUGGACUUGGCAGCCAAUGAAAAGGCGGUUCACGCAGACUUUUUUAACGACUUUGAGGAUCUCUUUGAUGACGAUGACGUCCAGUGACGCGCUGCCUGGCUGCGGUCCGGCCCCGCCUUCGCACAGCGCCGUGUGGCGGAUCGUCUCGGAGGACAGUGUCCAAUGGCUUUAAAGGACUCGUGGGCGUCUCUUGAAAUCAGGAGCUGGGCAGCCACGAGAGCGAGAUCUGUCUUAACCCCCCACGAUGCCGUCACCCUCUAGCGUGACCAGCUGCUGUCCUCAUUUCAAGUAAAAGAAAGCAGCACAUCACAUGCA